GCCAGAAAGUUUUCGAUAUCGCAUCAAACAAUCAAAUAAAUACUGAAAAUAAGUAAAAUGUUUCUAGCUCGUUUUUUUCAGCGUACACAAGCUUUUUAUCCAAAUUACGCACUAUGCUCCAAUAGAUGCUACUCGGAGUCAAAGAGUAGCUUACCUAAUGUCCUAUUUUUGGGAGGAGGAUUGGGAAAAUUGCAAGGCGGCAUAAAAGAAGAAGAAUAUUUUAGCUCAAUUAAUCAGGGACUUAUGUGCAAUAUACGCAAGCAUAUUGAAAGCUCAAAGAAUGCCGACUACAUGCGCAAAUGGGAGGAGUACCAGAAGACACUGGAUCAUGAUGCCCUCUACAAUACUACAUGUCUCAACAAAUACAAGGAUGUUCACGAAGAAGCCUUCUUUUUAAAUGAGAAUACUGAGUGCUUAAAAAUUAUGAUGAAUCGUGCAAAAAUCCAUGAUAACACUGGCGAUGACGCUUGACUUGCAACAAAUGACAUUGAAAUGCAUAAUUUGUUUUACGAAAUUCGUUUUUCUUUUUGCACAUACAUAUACGCCUAAGGUAUACACGUUGUGAACACACGCAAAAAACACCAAGUUGUUAUCAAAAUGAAAUAAAUUGCAUCUAGACCGUUAAAA